AUGGGAUUUAAUAGUACCCAGAUUCGUACUUUCAACGAUCUAGGAGAAGCUCUUAUUCGUCAAUACAAGUAUAAUGUUGACAUGGCGCUGGACCGAGAUCAACUUCAUGCUACGUCCCAAAAGGAUAAGGAAACUUUCAAAGAGUACGCGCAAAGAUGGCGCGAGAUUUCCGCACAGGUCAGUCUCUCAUUAGAAGAGAAAGAGAUAACAAAGCUUUUCUUGAAGACUUUAAGUUCGUUUUACUAUGACAGAAUGGUUGCAAGUGCUCCCAAUGAUUUUACCGAGAUGGUAAACAUGGGAAAGAGACUAGAAGAGGGAGUCAGUGAGGGACUAUUGGUAAAAGAGAGUGGUUCAUAUACUAGGACUCCACCAGUUAUUCCAAAGGAGUUUCCAUGGUGGUAUAAAUCAGAUCAUCAUUGUGAAUUCCAUCAAGGUGCACCCGAUCAUGACAUUGAAAAUUGUUUUGCUUUGAAAGUUGAGGUGAGGCGACUAGUGCAAAGUGGUAUUUUGUCUUUUGAAGACUCUGGGCCUAAUGUGCAAGCCAAUCCGUUUCCUAAACAUGGUGGUGCAACUGUGAAUAUGGUUGUAGGGUGUAAUGGAAAGUACGAUGCCUUUGAUGUCAAUCUGAUUAGAAGAUUCUUGGUCGAGAUGCAUGCAACUUUGUGCAAGCUGAGUCAUUAUGAGAAUGAUCAUGUUUCUUGUUGUAUCUGUUCAAGAAACCCUCGAGGGUGUGUUGUGGUAAAGAGAGACUUACAAGAGAUGCUAGAUCAAAAUCUUAUACAUAUUACAAGAGAUAGGGAUGAAGAUGAGCAUGGUGUGAAUGCCAUGGUUCCUCAUUUCAAUAUUCCUAAACGAGUUGUGAUUGCCUUCAAUAGUCAAAAGUCUGUUGUUUCUCCUUUGGUUAUUUGUCUGGCAGGUCAUACACCCUAUGAAUCUGACAUAGUUGUUCCUUACAAAUACAAUGCUACAAUGUUGGAGGAUGGAAAGGAAAUCCCUAUCCCUUCCCUUUCUUUUAUUGUGAAUAUUGCUGAUGUGAGCGGUGUAAUCUGGAGUUGUCGAGUAUUUGCUUAUGUGUCUCUUAAAAGAAUUGAAGAUACUUCAGUGGGUAAGCAAGCUCAGGUGGAAACUCCUGUUGUACAGUCUGAUAAGUCCAGUGGUGUAAACCAGAAAUCUUAUCAUGAUGAAGUGCUAAAGCUGAUUAAGAGAAGUGAAUUUAAUAUGAAGGUCUUAGAGCAAGCCUAUGUAGAUCAUGAUGUAACAAUUGGUCAGUUCGAUAGCAUUGUGGCUAACAUUACUACAUGUAAAAAUAUAAGCUUUAGUGAUGAAGAACUACUUGAGCAAGGGAGGAAUCAUAAUUUGGCUUUGCACAUUUCCAUGAAUUGCCAAGAAGAUGCUUUAUCCAAUGUGCUGGUUGACACUGGCUUUUCUCUGAAUGUUAUGCCAAAGUGUACUCUGUCCAAGCUCUCUUAUCAAGGUGAUCCGAUGAGGUUUAAUGGGGUUGUUAUGAAAGCCUUUGAUGGCUCGAAGAAAAAUGUGAUUGGAGAAGUUGAUCUCCCAUUAAAGAUAGGUUUGUGCUUAUUUCAGAUUACAUUUCAAGUGAUGGACAUUCAUCCUGCCUAUAGUUGUCUCCUAGGUCGUCCAUGGAUUCACGAAGUUGGGGAAGUGACAUCAACCCUCCAUCAGAAGUUAAAACUUGUGAAGAACGGGAAGUUAGUGAUUGUGGGUGGCGAAUAA